CCAUGGAGAAAGACAGCAGCGCCCAGAGAAGCAGAAGAAGAGAGCUCGAAACCCUAGUUCUCCAAAGGGUCCAAGAGGUCUCCUCUGCGAUCGCCGCUUCCAAGCACGUCGAUGAAGUUAUCCUCGCCCUCAACUCCCUCGCCCUCCUCCUCUUCCCCAUUGAUGUCUCCCUUGUCUCCGGUUGUCUCGAUGUGCGCUACCGAAGUCAUGUAUUUGAUACUAAAGUUCCCACUGAUGCUGAAAGGGAUGAGUAUUGGCAUGUUUUCUACUAUGGAGCAGCAUUUCCGACAACAUCUAGGAUAUUGCUCUACAAUGUUGCAUCAAUUUGGCUAGCUCAGUUUCCAGUCUCAGCACAGAAGCUUGUAUUUGAUUCGUUUUUUAUUAAAGGACCUCCAGAUGAAAUCCUGCAGGCUCUAGUUCCUGGUUUGACGCGAAAUGGAACUAAUGAUGCUGACCAUAAUGCUGUAUGUGCAAAUAUUGAAAGGUUAUUGGUAUUGUGCUUGCUUGAAAAUAAAGGAGUUCAGGAUAUGGUCACGUCAGUUUUAGUGGCAAAUAACAGUGGUGAAGAUGUUCUUCAACUCAUUAAACCAAGAGAUUUGACAUUCAUAUCCAUGCUGGCACAAACGCUUGCAUCCAUACCUGACAAAGCAAGAGUGAAGGCUUCGUCUGUGUUGUCAUCACACAAAUUCUUCCAGCAAGUAGUCAUACAACUUAUGGAUGGAGCUGCAGAAAGAGCUAUAAAUUUUCCUCAUAGAGCAGAUGGCUUAGAUGAACCUACUACUGAUUCAGCAUUUUUGUUUGUUGGUGAAACCUUUUCACGAAUUUGCCGACGUGGAUCUACAGAUAUCCUGGUGGCUGAAUUGAUACCUAGGCUUCUUAAACAUGCUCAGCAGUGCUCAUUGUUGGAUGGUGACUUCACUGCUCUUGACUUGGUUCACUCACAACCAGAAACGCUUUUCUGGUUGAAGAUAAUGGAAACAAUCAGAGAUCAAUAUACUGUGGAGAGAUUAUCUGAUAGCUUACUACAUCAGCUAUCUCGGCGAAAUACAAGUGACAGAGAAGCUUUCUUGACUCUUUGGUUGUUGUUCAGUCAGUUGUUUAAACAUCACAUUGGCAUGAGGAGCAUGUUCAUUGACAAAUUUCUGUUCGCGAAAGUAUUUCCUAUUUGUUGCCUGAGAUGGAUUCUUCAGAUUUCUGUUUUCAAUAGCUCGCCUUAUGCUGAUGUACAUAUGGAUCAGAAGAGGGAAGGCUUCUUAGAUAUAGUGCACCGUCUGGCAAGCACUUGGUCUAGACGUGAAUUUACUCAAUCUGUUGCCAUAGAGCAGCAAGCUUAUAUUACAGCAGCUCUUGGUUUAUGUUUGGAGAGAAUGACUAAGCGUGAACUAGAAUCAACGAAGGAUGUACUACAUUCGAUCCUCCAAGGAGUCAGCUGUAGACUAGAGAGCCCUAUUCAUUUAGUUCGGAAAAUGGCUAGUUCUAUUGCUCUGGUGUUCUCUAAGGUUGUUGAUCCAAAAAAUCCCUUAUAUCUUGAUGAUGAGCAUUCUGAGACUGUUGAUUGGGAAUUCGGCCUUAUCCCCCUAAGAAAUGAGGUUGGGACACCUUUUCCUGCAAAUAGAGGUGACAAGAAUGAAUCAAAAUCUUCUUCCUCUAGAAAAAAGAGACACAACGGCCACGCUAAGGGGAAGAAUGUGAUCGGUGAUUUUGUCCGAGAUGAUAGCAAUUUUUCAAGGUUCAGUGAUCCUGAUAAAGUCAUUGAUCCAGCCUUGAUCAACAGUGGAACCCUUUAUAAUAAUGGAGAUGAUGAAGAAGAAGAUGAUGAUGACAGCAAGAAUUCUGAAGCUUCAAGUGACUCAUCAUUGCAGCCAUAUGAUUUAACUGAUGAUGAUUCAGAUCUGCAGAGAAAAAUCUCACAGAUCGGUGAAAUUUGUGCAGCAUUAAGGAAGCCUGAUGACGCAGAUGGUGUGGAAAGAGCACUCAGUGCUGCUGAAAGGCUUGUCAGAGCAUCACCUGAUGAACUCCGUCAUAGUGCAGGUGAUCUUGUUAGAGCAUUAGUGCAUGUGCGUUGCUCUGAUAUUGCAAUUGAAGGAGAGGAAGAUUCUGCUGAAGACAAGAGACAAAAAGCACUAGUUGCUUUGCUUGUCACAAGCCCAUUUGAAUCUUUGGAUGCUGUGACCAAAUUGCUUUAUUCACCAAAUGUGGAUGUCAGUCAGCGUAUUCUGAUAAUUGAUGUCAUGACUGAUGCAGCGCUAGAGCUUGCUGAUUCUAAAAUCAUGAGCGUGGAGCAUCAUCGAAGGAAUUUGAUUUCUACUGUUUCUGGGACUCAGCCAUGGUUUAUUCCUAAUAGUAAAGGGCCUAGUGGCGCUGGCCCUUGGAAGGAGAUCUUAGAAACUGGAACUUCACUAAAUUGGUCACACCGUUAUGAGCGAGAACUCCCUUCUAGACCUGGCCAACUGAAGAUGGGAAAAUCUCGUAGAUGGAGUAUCCGGACAGCAAAGGAUAACAUACAGGAAUGGUCAAAAAAUAAAUUUCCUUUGUAUGCAGCCGCCUUUAUGUUCCCUGCAAUGCAAGAAUUUGACAAAGUUAGGCACGGCGUGGAUUUACUCAAUAGGGACUUCAUUGUUCUAGGAAAAUUGAUUUACAUGCUUGGUGUUUGUAUGAAAUGCGUGGCUAUGCAUCCGGAAGCAUCAGCACUGGCCCCUUCUCUUCUUGAUAUGUUAAGAAGAAGGGAAAUCUCACACCAUGCGGAGGCAUUUGUUAGAAGAUCGGUUAUCUUCACAGCUUCAUGCAUAGUAGCAGCUCUACAUCCAUCAUUUGUAGCGUCUGCAUUGAUCGAAGGAAAUGAUGAAAUUUCAAAUGGACUUGAGUGGAUUCGCACAUUAGCCCUUCAUGUUGCUGAACGUGAUCCUGACACGGAGUGCUCAACUAUGGCCAUGAAGUGUCUCCAACUCCAUGCCGAGAUGGCUUUACAGACAUCCAGAUCACUAGAAUCUGCAGACUGUUUCAGAACAAAAGCCAGUGCAUUAUUGCCUUCAAAAACCAAUGACAUUAUCAUCCCAAGCUCUAGUAUGAAACUCCAACUCUAAUAAAUAGUAAAUACUUAGAUAUUAAUUAUUUUUUAAUGUUAUUAUUUUAAAUUCUUAUAAAUAUUCCAAGUGGAACUAAUAUAAUUAAAAUGCAUAGACUU